AUGGAGAAAGAUCUAGCUCCAGCAUUCUCUGCUGCAAACUAUACCAAUGACGGAAGGACUCAUAUCCUGCUCGCAGCCACUGGCUCAGUUGCCACGAUAAAACUACCAAAUAUAGUCGCAUCUUUGGGGUCCCAAAACAGGUUUUCCAUUCGUAUCAUCGUCACUGAAUCUUCAGCCAAUUUCCUCAAUGGGCAGAGUGAUGAGCAGCCAAGUUUGCAGCAAAUUCGGCGGAUGAAAGGUGUCGAAGGCAUAUACCAUGAUGAAGAUGAAUGGAAGGAACCCUGGGUGCGGGGGAAAGACAUCUUGCACAUUGAGCUACGGAGAUGGGCUCACGUCCUACUUAUAGCACCACUAUCCGCAAAUACUCUGGCGAAAAUGGCAAUCGGGAUGGCAGAUAACUUACUACUCUCCGUUGUACGGGCGUGGGACACUUCCGGCACGAUCGAUCUCGGAAAGAAGCCCAAACCACGUAUUUUUGUAGCACCUGCUAUGAACACCGCAAUGUGGAGAAACCCGCUGACGCGCAGGCAAGUCGAAACCCUUGAGACGAGCUGGGGCUUCCAGUCUGAAACUGAAGGCGGCUGGGUGACGGUUAUCAAGCCAAUGGAGAAGACCCUUGCUUGCGGUGACGUAGGGGAUGGUGCUAUGGAAGACUGGAGAAAGAUAGUAAGAAUUAUCGAAGAGUAUUGUGACGCCUAG